AUGGGAAGGCCCAAGAAGUUGGUCAGCCAGGAAAAUAUAAAAAAGUUUCAGCAAGAACUUGAGAUGGCAGGAGAUAAUGCGGCUAUGUUGCUGAGGGAUAAGAAAGGCCGCUCGAGAUCAUGUCUUUUGUGUCGUAGACGUAAACAGCGUUGUGAUCGUAAGCAGCCCUCCUGUUCCAAUUGCUUGAAGGCAAAGGUGAAAUGCGUGCAGCCGGCUCGUUACAAUCCCAGUAAUCUUAUGGAUGGUACUUCACCUUCUCCGUUACCUUCUUUUGAUGAAGCUACUCCGAAGUACUUUAGGCCGAAUGUGGCUCCCACGAGGCUUCCGAAUGAACAAUAUACGCAAUAUCUGGAAGAUCGAGUCCAUGCCUUGGAGCGGAUGUUGAACAAGAGCAAAACGCCGAUGCAACUGCCAAUCCCGAACGGCAAUGAGAACGCUUUGGCAAGUGGGUCUAAUGUUUUCCCUUCUGGUGAUAACGGGCGCGCAAGGCUGUUCAAGAAUGCUUCGCCGUUUCCAAGUGGGGCUCCUACUCAAAUGGAGAGCUCCUCGCUGCCUGCGCUGGCAUCUGACUCGCUCGAGUCUGUAGAUUUUUCCAAGUGCAUUUUCGCCAACUAUAAUUUGAAGGAAUUCAUGAACUACGAUCCCGUUUUCGAGUUUGAUGGGAUGCUUUCUCGGUCAUUUUUAGACACCUUCUUCACCAGAUUGCAAUUCAAAUAUCCGUUGCUGGACGAACAGGAAAUUUACGACUUCCAUGCGCACUAUAUCUCGAAUGAUAUCCACUCGUACUCGGAAACUGGAUUUCACUUUGCAUGUGGUAGAAUGUGGCUUGUAUUCAGUAUAAGUGCUUGUCUUUAUAUGACUACUGGGAAAUACAAGGGAUUGCCGCCCGUGAGAUAUUUCUCUACAGCGGUGCGGCAUAUUGCAAGAUGUGGGCAGUCGCUGAAUAACGUACAGCGAGUCGAAUUAUUAACCUUACUUGUGCUCUACAUGUUGAGAACAGACAGAGACUCAUCAGUCCUUUACGAGAUUAUCAAGGAUGUGGUGUUCAUUUGUAAGGAAAAAUUGCACUUAAACAACAUGCAACCUAAUGAUCCGUAUGCCAAUGAGAAAUUGAGGAUUUUUUGGUGUGUAUACCUUCUGGAGAGAAUGAUUUGCGUUGCCGUGGGUAGACCAUAUACCAUUUCUGAGAAAGAAAUAAACUUGCCGCUAUUCAGCGAGGAAUCUUUCAACAAUGCGUCAAACAAACACGCUGAUAAAUCUACCAAUGGUCGAGGCGUCCAUUUUAUCAAUCAAUCGCUGAAAUUGCGCAGAAUUGAGUCACAAUUUGUAGAGCACCUGCAAAUCUUGCCUCUCAAACAUAACAAGAAAGAGGUUUUGAGAAGUCAAUUGCCUAUGGUGAAAAAAUUCUUUCAAGAUCUCGAGGUUUGGAGGGCAGGUUGUUCGAAGGACGACAUUAAGAAUUUCGAGAAUGAGACUUUAAAACUGUACUAUUACAGGUCCGUAAGAUUACUGCUUCAGCCUUAUCUGGAGUUUAUGAGACCUGAAGAUAAACUUUUUAGAGAAUGUCAGGCUGCUGCUGGUCAGAUCUGUCAACUUUACAAGAUUUUUCAUCAAAAAACCCUUACAGGUCAUUCUACCCCGGCAAUUCAUACUGUUUUUAUCGCGGGCGUUACUCUAAUCUACUGUAUGUGGCUUGCAAGGAACAACGACGAUGAAAGACGGAAAAAACUUGGUGACGAGUCGAAGCAUACGAGACCUCUAGUUAGCGCGAGUCUCUUCUCUACUAUGGACGAUUUAAGGGCAUGUUCUGUCUGCCUAUAUGUCAUGACCGAGAGAUCUAAUUUUGCUCGAACCUUUAGAGAUACCUUCGAUCAACUCAUGAAUGCCACUGUUGGUAAUUUGAUUGAACGUUGCGGUCCGGAUUCUUCUGAAUUAAUCUACUUGUCGUCUCAAAAGGACAAAUCAAUGGAUCACCUGGAGGAUCAACCCACCAAAGACAAGGCAACAAACGAUUCGGAAAGUGGUAUGCCGCCAGCAACUGAUAGAACCUUCGGCAAAAGACAAGCUCAAGAACACGAAGGGUUUGUGGAAAUCUCGCAGGUUGAUAUAGAAGAGCAGAAAGAGUUCAAGAGACGACAAGGUGUGCUAGAAAAGAUGUCGGUACCGAAAAGUUUGUCCCACCUUUUGAUUAAAGUGGAAGAUGACAAAGAAGAGGAAAGCGUGAAUCAGGAUAAAAAAGACCAACGCAGUGAAGGUAGCAGAGAUAAAUAUAUCGUGAAGAAGCCAACAAAUUCCACGGAAUUCGACUGGAAGUCUUUUCAACAACAAGCCUUGGUUCAACAACAUAUAGCGAGGGAAAACUUGAAAGCAUAUCUAUCGUCCUUGAACUAUCUCAAUGGUACCAAAUCGGUUGCAUUUAACCCCGGGGCUCAUAUAUACUCCCCACCUGAAAUGCAACCACCCAAUCUAUCAAUAAACAACAGAGCUUCUACUGAAAAUGCUCCACUGCAAGUGCGUCCGAUCAAUACGGAUGAGAAAGCAGGCAUGAAUCGUCCACAGAAUGUCGCACCGCAGACUGCCGCCGCAAGGACCCGUAUAAUAUCCCAUAUCACUUCAGGCCCGACGACAGGCUCUAACUCGCCAAGCUCAAUGCCCAACAUGGGACUUUUAUAUAACAACGGGACGCACGAUAUGAUAAAUGAUAUCUCGACUUGGACCAACGACUCCGUGAUGCAGCUAAUGGACAACGAAUCCCUAGCCACCACCAAUUUCUAUUCCCAAGAGAACUUUUCCUUUUUGCCUCACGAGGAAGAACGCUUUCUACCUCAGAUUAAACACGCAACUUCUCCUCAACAAUCCUCUGAUACCAACGGAUCUCAACCGGCAUUAUCAACUAAUGCCAACGGUAAAGGUUUUCAUUCUACUGCUAUUGACGCUAUUCAAGUUAGAACCGACUUCGACAAAUUACGACGGCAUCCUUCAGCGACCGGCCACAACUCAAUGGUCGAGAAAUUUUGGACAGUAAACGACGAUUAUGGAUUUCUGACAUAA